UUGUGCUGUAUAAAUAGGACGCAAGAGGAAGCCUGAUAGCAUGCACAAAAAUCUUUCUAUUUUUCAUAAUCCAAGUUUUUCUUCCUCAUAUCUCAAAAUGAAGCUCAACACUUUCCUUCUCCUUGGACUCCUCUUGUCCCUUGUUCUUCUCGUCUCUUCCAAUGAGCCAGAGACGCCGAAAGAUGAGAACAAAGAGGACGAAGCUGCUAGACCAGAUCAAUAUGGUGGAGGCGGUUAUGGUGGCCCUGGCGGCUAUGGAGGCAGGGGUGGCUUUGGUGGAGGGCCUGGAGGCGGUUUCGGUGGCGGCGGUUUCGGUGGAGGCGGUUUCGGUGGAGGAGGUUAUGGAGGCAGGGGAGGUUUCGGAGGUGGAUUCGGAGGGCGAUGCAGAUGGGGAUGUUGCGGAGGCCGAUUCUACGGAGGAGGCUGCAGAUUCUGCUGUCGCGGCCCCUUUGAAGCACAAGCUUACGGGGAAGUUGAUGAAGCCAGCCCUUGAGCAACUGUACCGAUAUAUAAUAAAUGUACACCAUGCAUGUAGCUUGAAAAUACCUAAAUAAAUACGUGCAUGGAAACUGAGUAUGAAAUAAGAGUGAGCUGACAAUAUGUUUGUGUUUCUGUCGACACAACCAUCUAAUAUGUUACAUAUGUAUGCUGCACUUGCGUGCAUGUACUUAGCGCAGAUACUUAUGGUACCUCGCCGUUUGUACCGGAGAAUGUUUUAUAUUAUGAAAUAACUACGUGUGUUCUUCA